AUGGACUAUCGCCUCCUCCUAAGAAAAUGGAAUGAUGGAGAGAGCAUAGUCAAGAGGAUCAUUGACGUAGGUUUCUUUAAAAACGAAGAACUUGCGACAAUCUUGGGGACUUCUAAACGGACUAUUGAGCGAAUUGCUGCAGAGAAUACUGAGAGUGAAUCUGACGAAGCGGCUGGAAGAGAAGAGGCACUAUCCAGAUCUCCCCUAAAGCAUUGAAGUGAUGAAGACUUUGCUGAGGUCAUUAAAGGAAUGUGAGAAGGAUACAGGCUUUGUCAGCAAGGCAAGUUUUGAGGGCCCAAUUCAAAAGAAAGACAGUUGACAUCAGCGAAGAACAGCUAG